AUGGCUGGCUCUCCUCUGAGCUCAGCAGCAGCCAUACCACCCCCAGCCACGCAGGCCCAAGCCAGAUGUGAAGCUCAAGUGCAACUGCUGGGUGAGGGGAGGAUCUGUAAACUGCCUGGAAGACUCCGCCUCCAGCCCGCGCUCUGGAGCAGGGAAGACGUGAUGCACUGGCUGCGCUGGGCGGAAAAGGAGUACUGUCUGCAGCGCACGAGCGAGCACAGGUUCGAGAUGAACGGCCGCGCCCUCUGCAUCCUCACCAAGGACGACUUCCGGCACCGCGCGCCUGGUUCAGGUGACGUCCUGUAUGAACUGCUCCAGUACAUCAAGACCCAACGGCGAGCCUUGGUGUGUGGGCCCUUUUUUGGAGCAAGCUUCAGGCAAAAGAUGGCCGUACAGCAGCCCACUAGCCCCCUGCAAGAGAGGACUGGGCUUUCUCAGACAGCCUCCUGGAAGGGCCUUCUGCAGCAGCCACCACACCUUGGGUUUGCCAGCUCCUUGAGCCACCUGGAUGUCCCUAACCUGGCCAGGUGGCCCUUGGGCAGGGAGGACCCCUUCACCUUAUCUCACUGUGCAGAGUUCAGCUGCAGGCCUAAGGAAGUCUGCUCUUUCCCCACCACACCGCAGGCUCCCAUUGAUGGCAGGAUUGCUGACUGCCGACUACUGUGGGAUUACGUGUACCAGCUCCUCACUGACACCAGGUAUGAACCCUACAUCAAGUGGGAAGACAAAGAUGCCAAGAUCUUUCGUGUCGUGGAUCCGAAUGGACUUGCCAGACUCUGGGGAAACCACAAGAACCGGGUAAACAUGACCUAUGAGAAAAUGUCACGUGCCUUGCGCCACUACUACAAGCUGAACAUCAUUAAGAAGGAACCUGGACAGAAACUUCUGUUCAGAUUUCUGAAGACACCAGGGAAAAUCAUCCAGGACAAGGGUAGCUGUCUGGAGGAGCUGGAGAACCAGAGGGAGGACAGGAUGGGUUUCAAAGACAAGCUGCUGCAAGUCUCUCCAUGA